GGCCGAGCCGCGGGGCCGAGGGCGCAUUAACACUUGCUCGCCAGGUUGGUGGAGGCGGGGCGGUUCUGCCGGCGGCCCCCGGGCGGCGAGGGUGGGGGCCCUUUAAGCGCCCACCAACGCGGGGCUCGGAGGGGGGCAGGGAGGGGAGGGAACUCCUGGAGGGUCUCGGUCCGGCCCGCGGGACGCCGCGGAGAGAAGACGCAGUGAGGGCGGCCUGGCUGGAGCCGUGGAGCCGAGCGCCACGGGUGGCGGGGGCCGGGAGCUGCUCCCCGCGGGGGCGCACGGCCGCAGGCCCCCGGAGGUGGUGCCUCCCCCCAAAACACGGGCUGGGAGGGGGCUUCCUCGCGGCCUCUGCCGGGGCUGCGGCAAAGAGGCUGCCCUCAGCCUCCGCUCGGCUCCUUCCCUAGUGGGAGGGCGAGAGGGAAAGAGGGAGGAGAGAGAGGGGGGGAGGAGGGAGCUGGAGAGAGGGGGGCCCCGCGCCAACCGCCGGCGGAUCCAGCCGCUCCUCGGGGAGGACGGGCGGGCGGCCGGGGGAGGGCGCGCCGAGGCCCGCUCCGGAGCAGUGGCCGCGGAUGACGGCAGAGGCGCAGCCAGCCCCGCGCGCGCAGCCCCCUCCCCCUCGCCCUCCUCCCCCCCCUCCUCUUCCUCCUCCUCCUCCUCCUCCUCCUCCCGGCUCGUCGGCGGCGCAGAGCAGCGGCGGCAGCGGCGGCGGCGGCAGCAGCAGCCACCCGAUGUCUUCGGCGCCCGAGAAGCAGCAGCCACCGCACGGCGGCGGCGGCGGCGGCGGCGGCGGCGGGGGCGGCGGCGGCGGCGCGGCCAUGGACCCCGCGUCGUCCGGCCCGUCCAAGGCCAAGAAGACCAACGCCGGCAUCCGGCGCCCCGAGAAGCCGCCCUACUCGUACAUCGCGCUCAUCGUCAUGGCCAUCCAGAGCUCGCCCACCAAGCGCCUGACGCUCAGCGAGAUCUACCAGUUCCUGCAGAGUCGCUUCCCCUUCUUCCGCGGCUCCUACCAGGGCUGGAAGAACUCGGUGCGCCACAACCUCUCGCUCAACGAGUGCUUCAUCAAGCUGCCCAAGGGCCUGGGGCGGCCCGGCAAGGGCCACUACUGGACCAUCGACCCGGCCAGCGAGUUCAUGUUCGAGGAGGGCUCCUUUCGGCGGCGGCCGCGCGGCUUCCGAAGGAAAUGCCAGGCGCUCAAACCCAUGUACAGCAUGAUGAACGGGCUGGGCUUCAACCACCUCCCGGACACCUACGGCUUCCAGAGCUCCGCGGGCGGCCUCUCGUGCCCGCCCAACAGCCUGGCGCUGGAGGGCGGCCUGGGCAUGAUGAACGGCCACUUGCCGGGCAACGUGGACGGCAUGGCCUUGCCCAGCCACUCGGUGCCACACCUGCCCGCCAACGGCGGCCACUCGUACAUGGGCAGCUGUGGCGGUGCCGCGGCCGGUGAGUACCCGCACCACGACAGCUCCGUGCCGGCCUCCCCGCUGCUGCCUGCGGCCGCCGGCGGGGUCAUGGAGCCGCACGCGGUCUACUCGGGCUCCACGGCCGCCUGGCCGCCCUCAGCCUCUGCCGCGCUCAACAGCAGCGCCUCCUACAUCAAGCAGCAGCCCCUGUCCCCCUGCAACCCCACGGCCAACCCCUUGUCCGGCAGCCUCUCCACGCACUCCCUGGACCAGCCGUAUCUACACCAGAACAGUCACAACGCCCCAGCCGAGCUGCAAGGCAUCCCGAGGUAUCACUCCCAGUCGCCUGGCAUGUGUGACCGCAAGGAGUUCGUCUUCUCCUUCAACGCCAUGGCGCCCUCGUCCAUGCACUCGGCCGGCAGCGGCUCCUAUUACCACCAGCAGGUCACCUACCAAGACAUCAAGCCCUGCGUGAUGUGAGACCACAGCCCGCGGGGCCCUCUGGGCACGGGCGGCCUGGCACGGGGACCCGGAACCCGUCGCAGAAACUGCUCUAUUCUUGAGGUAUAACCGUAGGCAGAAGACAAGGGUCUGACCCCUACCCACCCGGAUUAUUUGGAAAGGAGUCCCCAAGGCAAAGAAAGACCCAGCUCAGCGGUGGUCGGCACCUCCUCCACCCACUCCCUCAAAAAAUUAACAAAUGGUGGCUGAGGGGCCUGGUCUGACUGCAGCUGUUGGUAAAUAAAAAUCUAUUUUUGAACCAGUUGAAGCCGGCUGAGAAGGUGCUGUGCUGGGGGAAACCCUCGACACCCAAACAAGAAAGCAGCUGAGGUCUCUCCCCGCCUUCCCUCCAGCGGCGAAGGUGGGGGAAGGCUUUCGGAAGAAAGGCAAACAUGUGAGACCAUCGUUAUCAAAUACUUUUAUAUUUUGAUUGAGUAUUUAUCUUUUUACUUUUACUUUUUUUUUUUUUUGGAAAGAAUGUCUUGGAACACACAAGUCUCCUCUCAGAGCCGUGUUUCCAGGGGUGGGGUGGGGGGCAAGAAAUCACGUCUCCCUCCCCAUCUCAGAAGCCCUCUGGCGACCGCAGGUGGACCUUGGUGCGGACUUGCAUUUCUGAAGCCACUGUUCUUCGUACAAAAGGAAACCAGAAGGAGCCCGA